AUGUCCUCUGCAGCCGAGGAGUCCCCGGCUCAGCGAGCUGCUCGCCUGCGCCGUGAGCGUCGCGAAGCCAAGAUCAAGGAAGGAGGUGCCGCUCGUCUCGAGAAGAUCACCAACUUGAGUGGACGGCCCCCGGCCAGCGUCCAUGAGGUACCCUCACCAUCGCCCAGCCCGCAACCCGAAUUCCUAUCACAACACACAGCACCGCCGCCACCAGCGCCGGUCUUUCCGACCACAGCCCCAACCCCGGCCCAAUCCCAAACCAACCCUCCCACCUUCCCCGACCACUCCCAGGCGGAACCCGAACUCGACCCCGAGACCCUCCAAGCUCAACAAGAACUCUUCCGUGCUCUGCUCCGCCAACCGGCGCCCUCGCCCAAGCCACAACAGCAACUCCGCGGUCCCGGCGGCGCUGCCGCCCCCAACCCAGCCGGCGACCUGCUCGGCCUCGACGCGCAAGACCCGACGCUUAAGCUGCUCAACUCCCUCAUGGCCUCCAGCUCCGGCGGCGGCGGCAGCGGCAACCCGCUCGAGAACAUCAACCUGGCGGACCUCGGCCUCGGCGACGGCAAGGAGUCGUCCACCGACCUGCUCACCAACCUGGGCCUGCCGCCGUUCCUGGCCAACCUGAUCGGCAACGCCAUGCGCAAGAAGACGGACGCGGAGAAGCGCGAGAUCAUGGUCUGGAAGGUGGUUCAUCUGGUCUUCGCCGCCGUCGCGGGGUUCUACCUGCUCUUCGUGCUGGGGUCGGCCGUGAGCGUGUACGGGCGGGCGCCGCCGGCGCCGGCGACGGCCCGGGAUCCGUUCACGGUGUUCAUGACGGGGGAGGUGGUGUUGACUGGGGCGCGGGCGCUGUUGCGGUCGCGGGAGCAGGGGGGCGGGGUCGGGUUGGGGAUGGGGGUGCAGCUGGCCUUGAACCAGAUCCGCCCGCCCACCAACCGAAAGCAACCCGGCCGGUGGCCAGUGGGGAGCCCGAGCCUCGAGCGCAGUGCCUUUCACGCUUCGGCUGUGGCCACCGGACUAGACAACCUACACAGCCGGUCGCGGAUUCGCGAGGAGGGGGCGUAUCAAGAUGAUCUACUAUGGUGA